AUGAGCAACAUGUCUACACACUCCAACAUGGAGCGUUUGGAAGCUGAACCGCCCGUUGGAUCCCCCGUCCGCCGCGGCCAUCCCAAGUUCCGCGGCAUGUGGAAGGCUGUCGAUCGCUUCGACAAGACGAUUUCGUCUUCUACCUUUGGACGAAUUUUCAGAUUGGAAGGGAGCGGUCACCCUAAGGAGAUCCCCGACUCGUCGUUCCUACGGGAAAUCCGCGCCGGAGCCACUACGUUCGCGACCAUGGCAUACAUCAUUGCAGUCAACGCCAUCAUUCUCUCGCAGACCGGUGGUAAUUGCGUCUGCGACCUGGAAAACAGGGCUGACUGCGAUACCAUUGACGCCUACAAGGCGUGCAAGGAGGACGUUCGGCGUGAUCUGAUCACUGCGACUGCCGCCAUCGCCGGCCUUGCCAGCUUCAUCUUUGGCUUCUUCACCAACCUGCCCGUGGCCUUGGCUCCCGGCAUGGGCCUCAACGCCUACUUCGCCUUCCAAGUCGUCGGCCCCAACGGCUCCGGAAACAUCCCGUACUCGGUCGCCCUGACGGCAGUCUUUGUCGAGGGUCUCAUCUUCAUCUUCCUCGCGCUCACCGGAAUGCGUCAAUGGCUCGUCAAGCUCAUCCCCGCAACGAUCAAGACGGCAACCGGGGUCGGUAUCGGUUUCUUCCUCACAGAGAUUGGCCUUUCGUACUCGACCGGCAUCGGUGCCAUUACGGGCGGCUGGAAAGCCACCCCUCUGGCCAUCGCCGGGUGCCCUAUCGAAAUGAUUGACCCUGAGUCUCAAAUGUGCAAGGGAGGUCUCAUGUCAAGUCCCAAGAUGUGGACUGCCAUUUUUGCCGGCGGCGUCGUCACAGCCUACCUCAUGUCGUUCCGUGUCAAGUACGCCCUCAUCAUCGGCAUCGCCCUGGUGUCCAUCCUCUCGUGGCCUCGCAACACCGCCAUCACCUACUUCCCCUACACCGAGGAGGGCGACGCUCGCUUCGACUUUUUCAAGAACGUCGUCUCGUUCCAUCCCAUCCGGAACACUCUGAAUGCUCUCGACUGGGACGUCGCCAAGAAUGGCUCGCAGUUCGCCCUGGCUCUCUUCACCUUUCUGUACGUCGACAUCAUUGACGCCACGGCCACUCUCUACUCCAUGGUUCGCUUCUGCGGCGUUGUCGACCCCAAGGACGGCGACUUCCCCCGGUCCACCAUCGCCUACUGCUGCGACGCUGCAUGCAUCUCCAUCGGUGCGCUGUUCGGCUGCUCGCCCGUCACCGCCUUCAUCGAGAGCGGCGCGGGCAUCGCCGAGGGUGGUCGCACCGGUCUGACGGCCAUGACCACGGGGCUCUGCUUCCUCAUCUCCAUCUUUUUUGCCCCCGUGUUCGCCUCCAUUCCUCCUUGGGCAACCGGCUGCACGCUUGUUUUGGUUGGCUGCAUGAUGAUUCGCCAAAUCACACAGAUCAACUGGCGCUACAUUGGCGACGUGCUUCCCUCGUUUGUGGUUAUGACCUUUAUCCCCUUCUCCUACAGCGUGGCCUACGGUCUCAUUGCGGGCGUCUUUGUGUACACCGUCCUCAACGGCCUCAUCGCUCUGACUGUCUGGCUCUCUGGCGGCAGGUUGGAGCCUCGUGAAUAUGACAUGAAGGAGUACUGGUCUUGGAAGGGCUCUGGCAAGCAGCCCUGGUUCGUUCGCGCUGUACGCGCUCAAGGCUGCUUCGGCCAUGCAGACGCCGACAGUAAGCGUUCGUUCAACAUGCAAGACCCCGACCACGAGAGCUCGUUCCGGACGAGCUCGCGCCUGGAUUCGUCGGACCAGAAGGAGGGUGUCGCAAUGCUAACCGCCCAGGGUGUCUUCACCUACCUCCUCGAGAACCUCGGCGUCAAAGGCGUCCAGUUUGAGGAGCUCCUGACGCUCUCACCCGACGAGCUGGCCCCUCUCCAGCCCGUCUACGGCAUCAUCUUCCUCUUCCGCUACCCGUCCGAAGGCCUGCCCGCGCGUGCGCCCGAAUCCUUCGACCGCGAUGCCGCCGAACAAAUCUUCUUUGCCCAGCAAACCAUCCAGAACGCCUGCGGCACGCAAGCCCUGCUGAGCGUCGUCCUCAACAAGACGGCCGACAUCGAGAUUGGCGACAAGCUCACAGAGUUCCGCGACUUCACCAUGGUGCUGCCGCCCGAGUUCCGCGGCGAGGCCCUCAGCAACUCGGACCUCAUCCGCGACGUCCACAACAGCUUCGCCAAGAGCAGUCCCUUCGUCGACGAGACGCAAAAGACGGGCGAGGCCGAGGACGCCUUCCACUUCAUCGCAUACACCCCCAUCAACGGCAAGCUGUACGAGCUCGACGGCCUGCAGCCCGCCCCCAUCUCCCACGGUCCCUGCGACACCGAUAAUUUCCCCGCCAAGGUCAUGCAGAUCCUGCAGGAGCGCGUGCUCACCUACGCCAGCUCCGAGAUCCGCUUCAACGUGCUCGCCAUGGUGCGCGACCCCCGCAUCGCCGCGCGCGAGAUUGGCGACGCCGAGACGCUCGAGCGCGAGAACGAGAAGCGCCGCAACUGGCGGUUCGAGAACGCCCUCCGCCGGCACAAUUUUGUGGGCUUCGCGGGCGAGGUCCUCAAGGGCGUCGUCGCGCAAAAGAUUGACAAGGGCGAUGCCGAGUACGAUGCGUGGAUCAAGGAGGGUCUCGAGCGGAGGAAGCGGGACGAGGAUGCCGUGAGACUGCGCCGGAAGAUGGGCGGCGGCGGUGAUGAGGAUGAGGAGAUGAUGGGCUGA